AUGACGGACCCAGAGUCGACCAAGGCGCCCCGCAAGCUGCACGCCAUCGUCCAGCUCGCCCUCGACUUCCUGACCGAGGUGGCCGAGGUGUUUGAGGACUUCAAUAGAGAUGAGGCCCUCAACCCCAUGACCAUCCUGCACUGGUGGAAGGAGAGCUGGCGCAGCCUCAAGCGAAAGGUCAGGGAGGACGGCCUCAAGCGCACGCUCCCCCGCAUCAUCCUGGUCGUCAUCUUCCACCCUAUCCUAACCACCGCCCUGUGGCUCAUUGCCUUCGUUGGCUAUAUCAUCUUCAACUCCCUUCGCCUAUCUCGUUGCAUCAGGAGGUCGUCUGCCUAUCUAGGCGAGCGGAGGGUCAGGCAGCAUGAGGCUGCAUUCCGCCAGCAGUUCUUCCUAUCCGCCAAGACAGAUUCCCGAAAUCAGAAGACGCCUAUUGUCUCAGCCUCGGAGAUGGCAGCUACUCUCACACCCACCUCGGCCGGGUUCUUUGGUCUGCCGGCCGAGAUUCGGCAUGAGAUCUUGGUCCAAGCCUUUGGCGGGCGCACCAUGCACAUGAGUCUCGAAUUCCAGCACCCCUUCUUUAUCACAAUGUUCGACAGAUAUGGCGACUCCAGGAUCGCCUGCCAUGCCAAGAUUGAACGUCUCGUCACCGUAUCCGACUCCCACCUGCGAACGGAUCUACCCAAGGAGUGGGUAUGGUUUGGCUGUGUAUGCCAUCGUUCCUCAUACCGAGAUGUCGGCGGCCUGCGAUCGUAUGGUGCAUUUCGGAACCCGCAAGCUUAUUCUGACACCCACGUUCCCGUCUUGCGAAGCAGUAGAAUGGAUUACAGUGACACCUGUGAACCCAAGGAUGAUCGAUGCACAGAAGGGACGGGCCGCUGCAAAGCCUGGCCAGGCAAUUGGCCCGACAAGUGCCAGGUCGGCGUGAUCGGCUGGCUUUUGACGUGUAGACAAGCCUACGUAGAAGGCUUCAACGUUCUCUAUCGGACCAACACCAUCCAUAUUGCAUCGCCUGCCCUCCACCGACAUAUGCAGUCCAUACUCACCUGGUCCAUUCUUUCACAUCUGACGUCGCUCGAACUACUCUGGGACCUUGACAGUACUCCGAUCGAUGAAGCCUUCAAAAGCAACGACAAAAAAGGCAACACGGACGUAUCAAAACACCCGUCACCACUCUUCCCGUCCAUGGCUUGUCUUCGGCUUGCAUUCGGAAAAUCGUCAGCUGAAGCCAAGACUAUUGGUCUCGAUCGGCACGCCAUCAACGAUCGAGAAAUCAAAGACAUCCUGAUCAACCGGCUAUUCCCCAUGAUCGACAAUCUCCUAGACAGGAUAGUGCCCAAUACCACCGACGUGACCAUAUCGUGUCCAUCGUGGCGUUGGCAUUCCGCCAUUGAUCUCGCCAUCAUCGAGGCACAGGGAGAGCAGGUAUCCAAGCCACAGCACGCGGAAAUUGGAGGCAUCAAGUUCUGGAGACAGUCCGCCUCACGAGAAGCUACAUUGGAGACACGAAAUGACCGGAGUCUGGAGGAGGCCGCCGAAUCAAGUGAACGGAGAUCUGGAUUCUGGAUUCACAGUUCCGAUAGGCCUAGAAUUGCGACACCACGUAUGGCAGCAGCCUUGGGGUACGAGCAACCAGAUACAGACGACGACGAACGGCGCCGUGUGCUUUAUGAUAAGACCGAAGACCCAUUUCGAGGGUAA